UUUUGCCCGAGGGUAUCGAAACGUCUAAUGUUUGUAAAUAAUGUAGACGAAGAGCAGUAGACUUAUAUGUGAACAGUUAAAAAUGUCGAAAGCUGCUGGUAGGCUGAAGACCUUGCGUAAAGCCGUUGACAAGGUGCAACAUGGAAAUAAAAUUCGAACCAAUAUCCCAGCAGGAAUGGCAGUUGCCGGUCCUCCGUUAGGACCAAUGCUUGGGCAGCAUGGAAUCAAUAUUGCAGCUUUUUGCAAGGAUUUCAAUGAAAGAACAAAGAAUUUAAAAGAGGGAAUACCUCUUCCAUGUAGAAUUACAGUUAAUGCUGAUAGGAGUUAUCAGCUUAUUAUGCAUAAGCCACCUGCUACAUUUUUCCUAAAACAAGCUGCUGGUAUACAAAGGGGUGCUAUGGAACCAGGAAAAGAAAUAUCGGGAAAAAUAACACUAAAGCAUUUGUAUGAAAUAGCAAAAAUCAAAUCAGAAGAUCCUCCUUUGGCAUGUUACACUUUAGAACAAAUAUGUGUAAUGUUGGUAGGUGUUGCAAGAUCAUGUGGCAUUGAAAUAACAAGAAAUAUUGACUCAGUUGAAUAUGGUGAAUUUUUGGAAGAAAGGAGAGAAGUUGUUGAACAACAGAAGAAAGAACUUCAAGAGAAAAAGGAAGCUCGGAUGUUAAGAACAGGCUAAUCACUCUCUCUUUGUAUCUUCCUUUGUUGUGUAGUUGUAAAAAGAAAGUUUACUGUUAUUAAAAACAGAAGAGAUACGUACAAAUAUUUCUAUUACACCUGUAACUCCUUAAUUUUGCAAGCCCAAGAGAUAUAGAGGUAACAGUUUUGUCUAAGUGAGUCUUUAUUGAAAAUGAUUAGGAUGGAUGAAUUGUGAUGUAUGAAGUUGUGAAAUGGUGAAUAAGUGGCCAGCACUAGCAGCCAUAAUCACAUUAAUUUUCAGAUGAUUUCUUGUCAUUGCUCGGACCAAUAAAUAAAGAUUCAUGGUCAUUACCAUGACAACCCUU